AUGGCCUGGCAUAUCAUAGAGAAACUGCUUGAAGAAGUUGCAAAACACUCGACUUUUGUUGGAAAAGUCUGGAUCACGGCGAUAUUCCUCUUCAGAAUCGUCGUCGUUACUAGAAUUUGCGACACAGUUUAUCACGACGAGCAGGCAGCUUUCCGCUGCAAUAUCAAACAGCCCGGUUGUGAAAACGUCUGCUUCAACGAUUUCAGCCCAAUAAGCCACGUGAGAUUUUGGGGAUUUCAAAUCAUUGCCGUUGCUUUACCCUCGAUCUUGUUCAUCGUUUACGCAGCUCAUGAAGUCGGGAGGAAGAUUUCACGACCGGCAGGGAAUCAGAAACUGGGCACGAUAAAAGGACCCAUUGGAAGAAUCGGCAGUCGUCUAAGAACCCAUGCGCGAUCUCAAAGAAACUCAAAGCCAAUAACGGGAAACAGUCUAUUCGAGCAGAAACCAAAGAAUACGAAAGAUUAUUUCAAAAAAUUUUUGAAAUUUCUUUUCUCGAAAAAACGCACCAGAAGAACUUUGGCCAAGCAGAAGAAGAAGUCGAUUGAAGAAACCGCUGGCCAGGAGGGCGAAAUCAAACAGAUAGAGCUGAAUCUCUGCAGAGGAUACAUUAUACAGUCGGUUGUCAGAUGCGUUGUUGAGAUUUUCUUCGCUUUCUUCCAGUACCGACUUUUUGGAUUUGAAGUCCCGGAAGUAGUUAAAUGCAACCUCGAUCCUUGCCCAAACUCUGUCGACUGCUACAUCUCUAGGCCAAAAGAAAAACGAAUCUUGUUGAUCUUCAUGUUUUGCAUCUGCAUUCUUUGCAUCUUCCUGAAUCUUUUGGAGAUUGGAACAUUCAUUUCAUACAGCGUGGAAAGAUAUCUGGAUGCGCGAAAAGAACUUCGAAAAUCGGUGCGUGUGGCUGAUUUCAACCCUGAUAAAAUUGUCCGGCGGUAUUCUGUCGACCUUCUCAGAGAUGAUGAUGAUCACAAAAGCAAGUCGAAAGAUUUCGGAAUCGGUGAUGGCUCAAAGCAGCAUAAAAUGUACGCUAAAUCGUUUCUUCACCCUGAUGGUCCUACUAACCAUCAAGAGUCUGAAGAAGAAGAAUAUCGAAGGCGCAUUGAUCUCGUCCAUUCCGACAAUUAUAUUUAG